CCAGACAGGCUAGCUGCGGGCUCUAGUCGCUGAGAUCUCAAAAGUAUUUCUGCGGCGCCCCGGCGCGGGUGCUGCUUCAGAGCCCUGGUUACGAUCUGCUGAGCGCAGCCUCCGCUCUCUGUGGGGAGGGACCACUCAGCCGGGGUCUUACUUUAGGAGCCCUCCAUGGCUUCCCAGGAGAGGGUGGAGACAGUGACCAAAGGAGCAGGGUUCUGGCGCUGCCCCAAGCCGGCCACUUACACCCCAGAGACCUGCGAGCUGCUCAGAGUGAUGAUGAAGGAAUCCAAACUGACAAACUUCCAACGGCGCCACAUCAUGGACACCAUGAAACGAGGAGACACUCUCCCCCUACAGUGCAGUCCAACUUCCAGCCAGAGGGUGUUGCCUUCCAAGCAGCCGGCCUCAGCCAUCUACUUGCCUCCCAUCCUGGCCGUCCGGUCCCACCUCCGGCCUGCCAGCAUGUGCCAAGCCAACGGGGCCUACAGCCGGGAGCAGUUCAAGCCCCAGGCCACCCGAGAUCUGGAGAAGGAGAAGCGAAGACUCCAAAAUAUUUUUGCCACCGGGAAGGAGCCAGUGGAACGGAAAAAAAAGCCCCCUCCCGUGCGACAGGAGAACCCAGCCCCUGAGCUGGACCGGUUUGAAGAACUGGUAAAGGAAAUCCAGGAGAGGAAAGAAUUCCUGGCUGACAUGGAGGCCCUAGGGCAGGGCAAACAGUACCAAGCGAUCAUCCUUACUGAAAUCUCGCAGAAACUACAGGAAAUGGAAGACCUUGACCACAAGAGGAGUGAAGAACUUAGGAAGGCUCUUGCCACCACUUAAUCUGCCUCCGGAGGGGGGCGGGGGAGCCCA